UUUCCUUCCGCCAUUCAGCGCGUCCUUCCUGCUAUGGCGUCCUCGCUGGUGAGGCUUCUCGGGCAGGGGUCUCGCUGCCUCGUGGCUCCGGCCGCCCCUACAUUCGUCCAGCCCGUCCGUGGAGUGAAAGACUUCCGCAUCGCCCUCCGCUUCCAGAAGGAGUUGGAGCGGCGGCGCCUGCUGCGCUGUCCGCCGCCACCGGUGCGCCGUUCAGAGAAACCCAACUGGGAUUACCAUGCUGAAAUCCAAGCUUUCGGACACCGCUUACAGGAAACCUUUUCCUUAGAUCUCCUCAAAACUGCAUUCGUGAACAGCUGCUAUAUUAAAAGUGAAGAGGCAAAACGGCAGAAACUUGGGCUUGAGAAAGAAGCUGUGCUUCUGAAUCUUAAAGAUAACCAAGAACUGUAUGAACGAGGCAUGUCAUUUUCACAAACCUGCCUCACACAAUUUCUCGAAAAUGAGUUCCCAGACUUGCCUGCUGAAGGCAUCAAGAGUGUAGUUGACUUUCUUACUGGGGAGGAAGUCGUGUGUCAUGUGGCAAGGAACCUGGCCGUGGAGCAGUUAACCCUGAGUGCAGAUUUUCCAGUCCCUUCACUCGUAUUGCAGCGGACUUUCUUUGCGGUGAUUGGAGCCCUGCUCCAGAGCAGUGGACCUGAGAGGACUGCACUUUUCCUCAGGGACUUCCUAAUAACUCAGAUGACCGGAAAGGAGCUCUUCGAGAUGUGGCAGGUGGUAAAUCCCAUGGGAAUGCUGGUGGAAGAGCUGAGGAAGAGAAAUGUGUCUGCUCCGGAAUCUAGACUCACUCGGCAGUCAGGAACCACCACAGCAUUGCCCUUGUAUUUUGUUGGCUUAUUCUGUGACAAGAAGUUGCUUGCAGAAGGGCCCGGGGAGACAGUGCUCGUGGCGGAAGAAGAAGCUGCUCGUGUGGCACUUAGAAAACUCUAUGGCUUCACAGAGAACAGAAGGCCCUGGGACUACUCCAAGCCCAAAGAGAACUGGAGAGCAGAGGCAGCCGGACGUGGCGCCCUGACCACUGUGUGAGCAGAGCAGAGCAGAGCAGAGCAGAGCAGCCGUGCCGGCGUGCUCCCAGACAAACAUCAGCUCUUGGCUGCGUUCCUAAUGUCAGUGCUGUUUUCUUAGUGUUAACUCUGUGUUCAUGUGAUCACGGGACUGUGCUUUGUUUUGUUUUUAAUCUUUUUUUUUCAAAGUUCAUUCUGGGUUGGGUUUUGUUUUUUGUUUUUACAGUUCUCCCGAGAAGUUUUCUUCUAGUCCUCAGUUUAUCAUUUUACAUGGUUUGUACAGUUAGGUGUAUAUAUAUUUUUUUGCCCUCUGGUUUUCAGUUAUAAAUAUAUGCCACAUGAAAUUUGCUAUAAUACCAAUAAAAGAGUUAUUCUUUC